AUGUCAUUUCAACCGAAUGUCGUUUUUGCUUUAGUCGUGCUAGCAGCAUUUUGUGUUUCAUACAGUGUUGUGGUUGCAAAGCCAAACGCAAAUUCGGUUCAAGACUUGGAGAUGUUUGAAGCCGGGCUGAACAGAACGAAGCGUCAAUUGGGCGAUGCAGGCAUCGGUGUUGGAGUUGAUUGGGUAACCAAAUCAAUCACGAAUGCAUUUGAGUGCAGCGAGAAAGCUGGUUGUCAGAAGGGCCAUUGUUGGGCAUGGUGCGGUGUCAGCCUGACUGGUGGCGAAUGGUGCUACACAACUCGAUCAUAUUCACAAAGUUUCCAAUAUGUCACAUGUAACCAAGAUUCUGACUGUGAUAAAUGCUGGAAAUGCGCUGGAUCGUGCACACUUUAA